AUGGCGGACUUCGUGACGUGUUUGUGUGAAUAUCAUGAUUAUCCUGCUGAACUCUACGCAACUAUGCCAGACGAAGCAAGUCCAAACAACAACAAAACAAAGAAAAUUAUCUCAUUAAAACAUUUGGCCUCGAGGAAACUUGUAGGCCUAGGCAGUAAUGAUAAUGUUAAUCAGCAUAAACAAAAGGGAAGCCGGGAGGGCAUCCGCGCGGCGCCAGGCGUCGGUGCCAGCCAGUCGUCCCUCACACAUGUGCUGAUCUCACUCGCCUCCCGCGCCGUCGCCAGAAGUAAACAGUGUCUUUCCGCACGACGUCGGAAGGAGUCUUGUCUGUUCUGUCUGUCUGUCUGGGAGGCUUACUUCCGGCCAUCAGUCAAGGUGUCUGCGGCGGCACUGGUUCACCGCAUCCUCCAGAGUUUGAGGUAUCCUGGAGGAGCUCUUUACACGCCCGACCCUGCCCGUGAGGACCCCUCGGGGGAGGUCUUCUCCUCCCCGGGGGAGCUGCGAGAGCUUUGGGAAAGGCGGUGUGUGCGUGGCCGACAGGAGCGACCUUCCCCCGGGCUCUGCCGCCGGAGGUCGGCGUCGGAGCAUCGUCCUCGUGGCGAAGGGCCUCGCGACGCCUUGGACGCUUCCCGCAGAGGGUCCUCGAGCAGCCCGGUCCUGCGUCGCGCUGGCAGGCUCUCCUCGACGGCCAGAGUGACGACCUCCGCCUCGCCAGUCGCUUGCGCUCCUUCCUCGCUUAGAAGCGGCGAGUCUUCCCCGUCAUCGCCUUCCGACUCGCGGGCUUCGACUCCCCCGGGGUACCACAGCCCCACCGGGUACCAGACGUCGGCGCCGUCCACGCCCGACGGCUCGCCCAAGCAGCGCCGCAAGAAGUUCUUCCCCGCGAAGGCCGCCGCCGCAGGAGGUCCGAAGGAGGCAGCUCUCAGGGCCAGGAUGGCGGAGGUGUCGGUGGAGGCCUCCCAGCGGGGCAAGGCGCCGUGGCCGCCGCGGCAGGAAGCCCCCAGCCAACGCGCGGUGCCGCCGUGGGCCGAGCCUGACGCACAGCCUCCGCCGCUGCCGUCGGCCGUGUACGCUACGAUCGCGGCGCCUCCCUCGCGCCGCGCCGCCGCCAAGCCCGCGGGCCCCACGAGCUCCGUGACGGAGCCGCAGCCGAAGCCCGUCCACUUCAACCGGCCGUCGCCCGGCGCCAGCCCCAUCGCGCCCCGGAAGUCCCUCUUCGGCACCAACCUGUCCCGCAGGGCGCUCUCGUCGGAGUCCCUUGCGCGCCCGCUGCCCUGGGCCGACCAGAUGAGGUCCAGGACCGACUCGCCGUCAAGGGCGCCGCGCAAGACACCGGCGACGGCCGCCUCGCCUUCGGAGCCUUACCAGGGCCGCCGCUCUGAGUCCCUCGGCCAGCUGGAUCAGAAAGCGUCCGAAGCGUCGGCGAGGGGCGUCGGUCCGAAGGCGAGCGAAGGGCGUGCCGCUGGCCCUGCCCCCCAGCCCGCAAGCGAGGGCGCGGGCGGGCAGGGUGCCAGUGUAGGUCAGGGCGCCGGGCAGCAAGGCGCACCCGCACAGACCCCCGGAGGCUCCGCUCGCACCACGGUCGUCAAGCAGGAGGCCUCGCACUUCGAGCAGCGCACCGUGACGAUGGUCAGCGUCAAGAGCGAAGCAGAGAGCAAGUCCGUCGUCACCGCCGGCGCCGCGGCUGCCGCGACGGGGCCGGGGUCCCCGACACCCUGGCGGAAGGCGAGGCCGGCGGCCGAACCGGCUGGCCAGGCAGCUCCUGCGCGGCCACAAGAGCAGCAACAACAGAAACAACAGCAGCAACAACAACUACAGCAGCAGCAGCAGCAACCGCCAUGGCGCACCGCGAAAGCAGAGGCAGCCUCAGACCGCGAAGGUCCGCCGUCUGCGGCUCCGAAGGGCGCCGAGCCUCCUCAGCAGGCGCCGUGGAGGAGGCCGUCGGUGCAGCAGGAUAAGGAAAAAGAAGUCAGCGCUGUAGAGUCAGCUAAGUCAGCCGCUGCCGCACCUCAGUCGCUCACGAGGAAAGAACAGGCUGCAGGCCUGCCUCAGCAAUCUCAGCCCGCUCCGACGCCCGCUCCGCCAGCUGCUGCAUCCAGGCCGCCUCCCCCAGCAACCGCUCCUGCUCUGUACCUAGCCCGCGGUCCUCAGCCAAGUGCAGCCAAGUCAAGCAGCUCCUCACCUAGUGUAGCCAAGUCAGCAGGUCCCUCACCUAGUGCAGCCAAGUCAGCAGGUCCCUCACCUAGUGCAGCCAAGUCAGCAGGUCCCUCACCUAGUGCAGCCAAGUCAGCAGCUCCUUCUGAAACGUCCGCUUUGGUUAAGAGCAAAAGUGCAACUUCCAUCCCCGAAGCCACGCCUUCUACGUCAACUUCCACCGCAAACAAACUAGCAUCUCCUGCUCCUGCUGUCAACAAACCCGCUUCUCCCGUGCCUGCUGUCAACCAAAAGGUAUCUGCUCCUGCUGUCAACAAACCCGCUUCUCCCGUGCCUGCUGUCAACCAAAAGGUAUCUGCUCCUGCUGUCAACAAACCCGCCUCCCCCGUGCCUGCUGUCAACCAAAAUGUAUCUCCUGCUCCUGCUGUCAACAAACCCGCCUCCCCCGUGCCUGCUGUCAACCAAAAGGUAUCUCCUGCCAACCAUCCUGCUUCCCCUGCCCCUGGUGUCAGCAAACCUGCCUCUCCCGGACCUGCUGUCAACCAAGCAGUAUCCGCUCCAGCGAAUCAGCUUGCUUCCCUUGCCCCUGCUGCCAACAAGCCUGCCUCUCCUGCCGUGAAGGAGCCGGCGGGCCCUUCUUCAGCGCCUCCCACUGGAGCCAAGUCAUCCUCACCUCAGCCUGGCCCAAGUUCCUCAAAAGCCUCCCCUUCGGCGGAUUCCCGUGCGCCCGCGUCCACCCAGAGCGAGCCUGUUGGCAGUAAGGCAGGGGCGCCGCCGCUGCCGCCUCCCCCCGCUCCCAUAGUGCUGCCUGAGCUGUCUUCCGCCCGCUCACCCACGCCGCCGCUGCCGCCCAAACAGACUGCAGCUGAAAUCAUCUCCGCGCCAGCCCUGCCCCAAGCCCCAAAGCCCGCAGUCACUUCCGUCACGCCGCCCAUUUCGGCAGGUGCGGCCGCUCCCGCCCCGCUGAGACCCCCUUCCCCCUCUGUGCUGUCCGCCUCGGAGAGUUCAGUCGUAUCCACAUCAACAAGCACCCCUCCGUCGGCACCCUCGGCGGCUGCGAGCGAGGCUAAGGCUCCAGCACCUCCGACUGCCCCCGAAGCGAAGAGCAUGUCUGUCGUGGCCCCUCCGCCGCCUGCUACGGCGCCACUUAUCCCAGCGCCUCCGCCGGAACCCGAGAGGAAAGUGAAGACCCCUGAGCCCCCGACGGCGGCCGUGAAGCCUCCCGACGCCGCUCAGGACCCACCCAGGCCGAGCAGGGCCCCCGACACGAGCGUCCCUCCUCAGCCGGAGUUCCCUCCCCCGCCCCCCCUGGAGAAGGACGAGGCCCCAGGCGAGCCAGCGCUCCCUCCUCCGCCGGGCUUCCUGCAGGAGGACAGGAUAAAGCCCCCGACGUCCAUCCUUCCUUGCAUCCAGGACGAGGACGAGAAGGGCGAGGAGGCCGACGACCUUCCCUCUCCCGAGUACGUGCGCCAGUCCGUAAGCAAGCGCAUCAUGGCCUUCGAGAGGCACUCCUCGCGGGACGAGGAGUCUCCUCCGAGGGAACGCCCUCCAUCCUCCGGCCCCGUGCGCCCUGUCGCCCCCUGGGUCAAGAGGACCUCCGCCGGCCCCGUCCAGCAGGCAGGCUACUGGGACAUGACCUCGCCCGAAGACCAGCCGGAGGACGCCUGGCCCGACCCGCCGAGACCCCCCCACGAACCCGAAGCAACGAAAGCCCAGGCCAAACCAGUGACGUCGACGAAGAUCCCUUCAGCCCUUCGCCGCCUCCUGCUCCCCCCCUCCGCCCCGCCGCCGCCCCAGCCGCUGCGCCGCCGUCUUCAGGGAAGGUCUUGCAGCCCCAAGAGGUCCCCCGCAGCUAAGGUCAUCGUCCCCCACGCCAGGGUCACAGGGCCGCCCCCGCGCCCCCCUCGUGCAGCGAACGCGAUCCACGUCGCUCGGGGAUUAUCGGGCGCAUUACAUCACCCCCGACGAACCCCGCCGAGGAGCCAGGAUGCCUGCCGACGGGACCCAGGCCGUGAGCCCCACCCCCCCUCGCAGCCCUCCACCCCCUCCAAGGAGAAGGAGGACCCCCUGUUCGACCCCUGGUGUGACCCCAAGAACCCCAAGGUCAUCAAUUUCCAGGACGUGAGUGCCGCCGCCUUCAAGAUCAAGUCGGCAUCAUGAACACCCCCGUGCACCCGCUCGCACAUGUCCAGCAUCACCGACAUCGAGAUCUAUUUCAAGAAGGAGUUCAACCAGUUCACCGGAAGCUUCAAGGAACGCGGUGCCCGAUACACACUCCUGAUGCUGAACGAGAGCCAGAGGAAAAAGGGCGUGAUCGCAGCCUCGGCAGGAAACCACGCCCUCGCCCUCUCCUACCACGGCCAGGACCUGGGCAUCCCCGUCACUGUGGUGAUGCCCCUGGUAGCCCCCAUCAUGAAGGUGCAAGCGUGCCGUCAGUAUGGUGCCAACAUCAUCGUGAAGGGCAGCGACAUCGGGGAGUGCCGGGAGAUCGCCCUCAAGAUGGCCAAGGAGCAGGACCUUCUGUAUAUUAAUGGGUACGACCACCCGCACAUUCUCGCCGGUCAGGGCACGAUGGGGCUGGAGAUCGUGGAGCAGGUGCCCAACAUCGACGCCGUGGUCAUCCCCGUGGGCGGUGGAGGCCUCAUCGCGGGCGUGGCGCUGGCGGUCAAGGCGCUCCACCCGCACGUGCAAGUCAUCGGCGUGGAAGCCGAGCGGUGCGCCAGCUUCAGCGCCGCCCUCAAGGCCGGCCACCCCGUGUACGUGAAGGCGGAGUCCACGCUCGCCGACGGCCUGGCGGUGCCCAAGGUCGGGGUCAACGCCUACGCCACCGCCGCGCCCCUGGUCGAUAAGGUGGUGACCGUGCGGGAGGAGUGGAUCGCCAUCUCCAUCCUCCGCCUGGUGGAGCACGAGAAGGCCGUGGUGGAGGGAGCCGGAGCCACCGCCCUGGCCGCCGUCCUCGCAGGGGAGCUCCCCGAACUGAAGGGCAAGAGGGUCGUCAUCCCGCUGUGUGGAGGCAACAUCGACACCACCACUGGGCGCUGCCUGGAGCGGGGCCUGGCGGCGGACGGGCGCCUCGUCAAGUUCACCGUCACCGUCAGCGAUCGACCCGGAGGUAUUGCUGAACUGACAAGACUGCUGGCCAACUUGGGCGUCUCCAUCAAGGACAUGCUGCACGAGAGAGCCUGGAUCAAGAACGACAUCUUCAGUGUUGAGGUGAAGGUCAUGGCAGAAACUCGAGACUAUGAGCAUUACCUGGAGCUUCGAGCUGCCCUGUACUCGAGGUACCAGCACGUCCGCUUUGCCAAUGCCGAUCAGAUCCACGACUAGAGUAAGUCCUCCUGAAGCCUCCGGGAAAGAGAAGGAAGAGUCGUGGCUGCCGCGAAUUGUAUGUAAAAGCUAAAAAAAGAAAUUCGUGGCCAAGUUAAGCCUUUGUAUCAUGUAGUCUUUGAGUAAUAGGGAAUCGUGGCUGCUGUGUUUUGUUUUUUCUUGUGAGGCUUUCGAGAAGGAAAUGGCGAAUUAUGUCUACUACAAGAUUUUUUUUCUGCAGCCCUCUGUAGAUAAAGAAUGGAUAGAUAGAACACUAUGUUCAUGGCUAGUGUUCGUAGUUCUUGGUAGAGCCAAUGGAGGCGAAACCUUUUGAUUUGUGGUUUCACAUAUAUAAAGCCUUCAAGAAGCAGGUGAAGAACUUUCCGUAAAGAAAAAAAAAAUGUAAUGUUUGUCCAAGUUAUGCAUAUGUUAUGCAUAAGCUUCUUUUAAACGUGUCUAAUUAUUUAGACUAAAUAAAAAUAGCCACUGGCCUUUUAGGGAAAAAAUAGAAAUCCAGCAUAUAGAGCUAUGUAAAAGAAAGGCAGUUUUGCAGUGUUUGUGUGACUGAUUACAGUACUUUUAUUUUAUGGAUUAGGAUGCAGUAUUGGAUUAAGUUUGAGGACAGUUCACGAUAUGACGUUUGGUGUGUCAAGGCUGGACCAGACAUACACAGACAAUGUUGCAACUGUUUCCUGCUUUCUGUGUUCUUGUAUGACCCCCCCCUUUUCUCUCGACAACUGCCCUGCUUUGCAAAAAUUCAUGACACUUUAUUUUUCUCUUUUUUAGUGUAUGCAAGUAGAGGUUGGAGUGCUUAGUAUAGUCACAGUUUUGUUGUGAUUAUUAUAAGCUACAAUGAACCUUGUUUUUUUUAGCAGUUCUUUUUAAUAUGGGUUUUUCGUAUUUUAAAAUGUGUAGUGUAUUCCUACAUACUUCAGAGCAGCUCUUUCAUAUGAUGGUAGAGCUAAAAAAAUUUAAAUAGUAGAUUUAAUAUAAAUACUACUACUAUGAGUAUUACUUACGUGUGAGCAUUAGAAUGAGGAUAAAUAUUCUAAUGAGAUUUUAUGAAUAGAGAUUGUAAUUGCACAUGAUUUUACAUGUAUGUUAUAAGUAUGAGAGGGUUUUAUUGCCCUGAAAUGAAAUAACUGUAUUCAGUACAAACAAGACCAUUGCAAAUGCAAGCCACGUAUGCAAUAACUCUCUGUGAUCAGCAGUUUUUCCUAGCUUUUCCUACCGUCUCAUUUAUAAUACAAAUGAAAAGGAAAUGUACUUGUUUUUAAAGCUAUAUUUUACUGCUCGUAUUACCGUGUACAUGGUCACAUUAAGAGUAACUUGUACUUCAGAUUUAUAUUUAGACUGCAAAUAAAUUUACAGAAGACUA